UUCAGCCCGUGGGCUAGAUGGUCCGGCGGCGACGCCCCACUUGCGUUUACACAUGGUAAUUAUCAUCAGGAAACUAUUAAGGCAGGACAGAGACUAGUCCGCUGUAAGCUACUGGCACGCACUAGCAAAGUUAUAAUAAUAAAAAAUAACGGACAACUAAACAAGAAUAUCCCGUCGAAAUAGCAAAGGCUCCAUACGGGCUCCGUUCGCGCGCCAAAAACUUAAACAGCUGAAGCAGAAGGUUAGCUGCCAAGUGGAAACCGUACCGUAGCCAGCGAAACUAAUUAUAUUAACAAAUUGGAGAUGGAAGAAUCAAAACGAGCGCUUGAGGAGCUGUUGUCCCUUCUCAAGUGCGUUCAAUGCGAGGACCUACUUCAAGAGCCGCACAUCGUCGGCCUAUGCGGCCACACAGUAUGCAGGCGCUGCAUCGGUCGCCGUGAUGCGUGCGGCGUCUGUGGUUCGCCUACAACACAACGCGAGCUGAAGCCGGACCCACAGAUUAGCAGCGUUCUCGCUUGCGCCGCAAAGCUUGGACAGCUCCUCUCAGGCUCAACACUCAGUGAAACGGCACCAGGAGGGGAUGGCUUGCAAGAUGCUGCGCUGACCAGUGACGUGAGCACUGAAAAAGGCACCAAAGAUGCUGGGCAACCUGAUUCACCUGCAAGGAGUAUUCCUCCUAAAGGAGCCCAAGUGAGCACUGAAAAAGGCGUUAAAGAUGCUGGGCAACCUGAUUCACCUGCAAGGGGUAUCCCUCCUAAAGGAGCCCAAGAGAGAAGCAGCAGCACGGGAGUCAGCACAAGGAAGGUUGCAGAUAGGCGGAAUCGCUUGGGAGAAACACCUCUGCAAGUGGCAGCUAUCAAGGGUGAUGUCACCAGAGUGAAGGCCCUGCUAGGUGGAGGUGCUAAUCCCAAUGUUCGUGACAAUGCCGGCUGGACACCUUUGCACGAGGCCUCCAGUCAAGGUGCUUUGGAAGUGGUACGCCUGUUACUAGCAGCUGGAGCAUCUGUCAAUGCAGCAGGCCCAGACGGUGUCACGCCGCUACAUGACGCUGUGCUCAGCAAUGUGCCCGAUGUGGUGCUACAGCUAUGCAGUGCUGGGGCUGACAUAAAUGCCAGGACCAACGAUGGCCACACCCCUGUGUCAUUUGCCAAGAGUGAGCUGAUGAAGGCUGCCCUGCAGUCACCUGCUGCCCCUAAGGUGCAGCAGCUGCCUCAACCACCUCAGGCACAAGGAAAAGUGCAGCUGCAAAAAGACUUCAUUCAACAAGCAGAUUAUCAAGGCAGUGACCCCUUACCUCAGCAGACAAAGGAGCCUGGUGCUGUGGUGCUGCUGGCUUCUGGUUUGGACGAGAGUCAGGGUCAGGCACUGGCACAGUGUGCAAAGCUGUUGGGAGGCAGCUGCACAGGAACUUUCUCUUGUCAAGUCAGUCAUCUGGUAGUGAGCUGUGAUAAAAAUGGCAAUUGCUGCCAGCGGACACUAAAAGUGCUCAGUGCUAUAGCUGCUGGAACAUGGAUUGUGAACUUUUCCUGGGUGGAGGACUGCCUGAAGCAGGGUUGCCACGUAGACGAGGCCUUGCACGAAGCUCAAGGGGUGCGUCAGCAUCCAAACAACAAAGCUCCCCAGCGUGCACGUCUUAGUGGAGGGGGCACGCUGUUCUCUGGCUACAGUGUUGUCCUGCAUGGCUCAUUCACGCGAGGCCCCUCGAGGGACGAGUUGGCCACACUUCUCACACUGGCUGGUGCUCGCUUGCUAAGCAGAGUGCCCUCCAGUAACGAUUGCAACCAGGCUGUGCUUGUGGUCGCCGAUUCAACCACUGCAAGUCGUGCCCAAGCAGCCACUUUUGUUGACCCUGCGUGGCUGUUGGACUGCAUUUCGUGUUUCAAGAUCACCCUGCCUUCAUCACCAUAACAUGCACUGUGGCAUGCAGCAGCAGCUUGCCGUUAUUCUGAAUAAAUGCAUAGUAAGCUAAA